AUGAUAAUAUAUUCUGAAGGUUCUAUUUUACGUUUAAUGACCGACAAGUUACGCGAAAUUGCUACGAGAUUUAAGGAAUUUAAAGAAUUUAAAAAAGAAUGUUUAAAUUUUAUUAGAUGGUUUGAAGUGAUUUUUACAGAACUUGAAUAUAUAAAAGCUUUAAAAAAUUGUAUAGAAGAUGUAAAAAAAUAUUUGGAAUUAUUAUAAAA